GAGGAGAAUCUGGUAUUGGCGGUGGUCACCCCACCUUAGUGUAUAGCGACCACCUUGCCUUCUAGAAACAGGGAAGGCAAAUAAUCCCAAGUCCUGGUUGUCUUAGAACUGUUGGAUCUUCCUUGACCCCAGGCUGCCAAAGGCAGAAGAUUUAGAAACCUGAACCAAUAUCCCCCAGACUGAAAUUGGCUUCCUUUUCCCAGUUGUUCCACACACAAUGCCCAGUGUAUUUGAGACAAACACAAGAAUUGUGGUCCAAGAGUUGGACGCUGGAGGUGAUAUGAUUGCUGUCAGAAGUAUCCUUGAAGCUGACAGACUUCAUUGCUUCUGUCUGGUGAGGAAGAAUUUCUUGGGCUGCCGGUACUACAGUACAGACCUCACCCUGGAGGACAUACUGGAGAGAGGGGAGAGUGAAGGGCAGUUUGAUAAGCUGUAUUCUGUGUUCUCAGGUCAAAAGGCUGAGUUCCAAGUUGUGGACUCAGUAGACUCAAAGGGGAUGUUGACAAUGAAAUUGCCCCAACCAAUAACCAUUGCAGUCUUCCAUGGGUCCCAGGAACAGAGAAUCGAGAUAUUGGAGCCCCGGAUAUCCCAGCAAUAUCUGAAUUCCCUUGAGAACAGGAAGCUGAAGAGAAAACUACCCACUUCAUUCCAAUCAAUCCAGACAAUGAGAGAAGACCUGUAUUUGGCGACUGAAACUCUGGAGACAGCAAAGAAGGAAACCCUGAAAAGUGAAUACAGAUUUGCAUUUUGGAGCCAGUUGGAUCUUUGCAGUCUGAAAUAUGAACGCAAGCACCAAAGGGCAGUGACUGUCCCCGCCAAGUAUGUCCUGGGCUAUCGAAUAAAGCAGCUAGUCUUCCCCAACAUGGAGAUGAUGAAGAAAGACAGUUCAUCUCACCUAGGGAAGUCCUUGAAUUUGAAGGAUAUCAGAAAUAUGAAGGAAAGGGUGCAGGACACGGUGAGAGGCCUCCAGGAUCUGACUGAAGAGGAGCAAAAAGAUGCGCUAAGCUGCCUCACUAAGUGCCUCACCAAGGAUGAGCAGCUGCAAGAUCUAGAGCAAAGAAUGUCCGAGGUCCUGAUCUCUGGUGAGCUACAGAUGGACAGCCCAGCAGGUCCUCUCAUAAGCAGCCUUUUUAAUGCUGCUGGGAUCUUGGUAGAGACGCGCACAGAGGCCAUUAUGGAUUUCUUGGAUGCCGUGAUGGAGCUGUUUGAAGAGAAGGAGCUUGUGGGUGAGGCCCUAGAGAAGGGGACCCUGCCUCUCUUGAAGGAGCAGGUGGAGUCUGUCCUGGAUCAGAACGGGGGUGAGCAGCCCGAAUGUGUGGGCUGCGACCCUGAGGCACAGAUUCUCCAUGCCCUCUAUGUUGCUGUCUCCAUCCUGCUGCAGCUGAGUGAGAAGCCUGCCUCUGCGUCAUCCUAACUAUAUGUUAGCUCUUUAACCAUUCUCUCCACAAACUUCUGGGUGCUCCCCUCCCCGGCCUAUCCUCAUCCCACCCUGCUUCUCCCCCAGUCACCAGAAUGAUGUCUUUAAAACAAGCAGUUGGCUCUUCUUUGAUACAUCCCAUUCCCUACAUGAUAAUGUACAAAAACCAGCCUGGUUUGUAUGCAUAGAUUUCUGACUAAAAGUGGCAGAGGGAUCAUAUUAAUUUCUUCUCCCUCCUGAAACCUCACUAAAUGACAGUAAAGCAAUAGAAAAGAUAUGAACCGAGAAGAGUAAAGAGAGUGAGGCAGCGGGUAAGAGAUUGCAACACAUCUUUGGAAGCUAGAAAGUAAUUACAGGAGUGCAAGCUGGGGGAUGUGGGACGGAGAGGAGCAGAGGAAUGCAGGAGAUGACUUUUUCAUCAUAAGCCUUUUAGGUCUAUUUAAUAUUUUUAAGAUGAUGUAAUUAAAAGAAAUAUAUGCUUGUUAUAAAGCAUUUCAAAUAUUUCUCAAAGUCAAAGGUCAAGGUAUUCUGUGCUCCCUCAUUCCCUCUGAUAUAUAACCACUAUUAACAUUUUGGGGUAUGUUAACAUUUUUCUGGUGCAACAGUUUUUAAAAAUGUAAUUUAAAAAUGAAUCUAGGAUGAUAUAAAUUUGUUUUGGAUCUUUGGAACUAAGUUAUCUUUUCUUUUAAAUAUGUAAAGAUAUUACACGCAACGGGAAUUCUCGUAAAUGCUGUUAGGAGUAUAUAUUGGUCAAGCACUUAGGAAGGUUGCUUGACAGUAUCUACUGAAGCUAAACAUAUGGCCAUGACCCAGCAACUCCACUUCCUAGGCAUCUUCCUGAGAGAAAUGAGUGCACGUAUUCAUCAAAAGACAUGCGUAUACAGGAACGUUAACAUAAGAGCUCCAAGCUGAAAACUCUUUGAACGUCCAGUAACAUUAGGAAGGAUACAUAUAUUGUGGUAUGUUUAUACAAUAAAAGAGAACAAAUUGCUGCUAUGUGUAAAAAUGUGGAUAACUCUCACAUACAUAAUGCUGAGCAGAUGAAAGAACAUAAUUAUGUUUGAGUCCUCUGAGAAGCAGAUGCCAAAAUGGAAUUAGACGUGCAAAAGACUUAAUAGAGGAAAAGCCUGUGAAGAAAAAAUGGGACAGGGAGCAGAAAGAGGCAUGGCAGGCCUUCAAAUGACAAUGCAGGUCUAAAAACUGUGAAAGGAGUGACGGAAGGAAGGAUCGAGUAGGAAGAGUCUCAGACUGCAGUACAGUUCUGAGAGUCUCAGCCAAGCUGACCUGAACAAAGGUCAUCUACUG